GUCUGCCGAGCCGGGGCGGCGGCGGCCCGCGGGGGAGGUGCCGAGCCGUGCCCCGCGCCGGGCGGCCGUAAUCCCAUCAAAGGGCCGGACCCAGCCUCCUCCCCCCUUCCCUCCGUCCCUCCCCGUCCCUGCCCGGCGCGCAUCCGAGCCCCGCUGUCCGCUCCGCGCCGGCCCCGGCUCCGCUCCGCACCGGCUGCCGCCCGGAGGGGACGUGCGGCGCCGGCGGCGCCCCUCGCCCGCGGCCACCGGCCCCAGCUCCCCGCUCGGCCGGGGGGACUCGGCGCACAUGGAGGCGCCGGGCGGCUGUCACCGCCGCUGCCUCGCCCUGGUGCUGCUCCUGGCUUCGUGCAUCGGGUGUGCGGCCACGCCGCGCAGGAACAUCCCCCGCCGGCAAGCAGAUAGGCUGGGGCCUCCUCUGGAUAUUCUGUUGGAUUCACUGAACUGCACAGCGUUCAGCGUGCAAUGGAAGAUGCCAAAGCAGCACGCGAGCACCAUCACAGGGUACACGGUUUUUUACUCAGAAGUUGAAGGUGACAAAGCAGUCAAACAGCUCUCACAUGAUGUUCCCCUUAGUUUGGAUAUGAUUAGCAUGGGUCAACUUGAAGGACAAGCAAUUUUUGAUGUUGUUAUUGGCGACCUGAAGCCAGGCACUCCACACCGUGUUAGCGUUGGAGCAUACAGCUGGGCGGGCAAAGGACGCCCCAGCAUGCCCAGGGAGGUGACAACUUUAUCCCAAGAUAAGUGCAUGCCUCCUGCGCCACCCUAUCAGCCCCAGAUUGUGGUGGUCUCUGAUUCAGAAGUUGCCUUGUCCUGGAAGACUGGAGUGAGUGAAGGAAGUUCCCCCAUCCAGUACUACACGGUGGAGUUUAUCAGGCCAGACCUUGACAGCAACUGGACGGUAAUAAGAGAGCAGAUCCAGAUGGAGUCCAUGGUUCUCAAGGGACUGCUCCCAAACACGAAGUAUCAGUUUGCCGUCCGAGCAGCAAACUCCUUUGGAUCCAGCCCUGCCAGUGCACCGAGCGAUGUCAUCCGCACAUUCAGCUCUGAGGAGAUAGGAAGUGGAAGCUAUGGGCAUCGGUACAUCACGGACACAGUGACUGGUGAUGGUGAUGGAUUUGAUAUUGAUGAUUCAGACUACGACAUUUAUAUAGAAGAGCUCAGACCACUUCCUGCUAUUAAAGGAGGCAACAGGAAAUUUCUGGUUGAAACUAAGGUCACACCAGAGUCUAGUUCCAGGCUCCUGUCACGGGUCCUUACAACCACUUCUGAACCCACUCCUUCCACUCCUACCAGCACACGACCUUCCACCACAGCGAGGGCGACCACGGUGUGGGCAGUGAGGAGGGGCAGCAUGUCCUCUGCAGCACGCCUCUUUGACCUGUCCUGCGACGAGGCCGUGUGCUCUGCAGACAGCUUUUGCAUCAACGACUACGACCGGGGCGGCUCACGCUGCCACUGCAACCUGGGCAAAGGAGGGGAGACGUGUGAGGAAGACAUUAGUAUCCAGUAUCCUCAGUUCUCUGGCUACUCAUACAUCACCUUUGAACCGCUGAAAAAGUCCUAUCAGACAUUUCAAAUUACCCUUGAAUUCAAGGCUGAAUCUGAAGAUGGUUUGCUGCUGUACUGUGGAGAAAAUGAACAUGGCCGUGGUGAUUUUAUGUCACUGGCAAUUAUCCGACGUAGCCUCCAGUUCAGGUUCAACUGUGGCACUGGAGUUGGAAUCAUAACGAGUGAAAACAAAAUCAAGCUGGGGAACUGGCACAGUGUCACAUUGUUCAGAGAUGGGGUGAAUGGCUGGCUCAGGAUGGACAACAAUGCUCCAGUGACAGGAAAAUCUCAGGGCCAAUACAGCAAAAUCACGUUCCAGACUCCCUUCUAUGUUGGGGGUGCUCCCAGUGUGUACUGGCUGGUCAGGGCCACCGGCACCAACCGCGGGUUCCAGGGCUGCGUCCAGUCACUCAGCAUCAAUGGCAAGAUAAUCGAUAUGAGACCCUGGCCAUUAGGGAAAGCUCUCAGUGGUGCUGACGUUGGUGAGUGUAGCAGUGGCAUCUGUGAUGAGGCAGCCUGCAUCAACAGUGGCACCUGUACUGCAAGCAAAGCAGAUUCUUACAUUUGCCUUUGUCCUCUUGGAUUUAAAGGUCAUCAUUGCGAGGAAGCACUCACCUUGACCAUACCUCAGUUCAACGAAUCCUUAAGAUCAUUUGCUAGCACACCCUGGCCCUUGGAACCACAGAACUACCUUUCCUUCAUGGAGUUUGAGCUGACAUUUCGUCCAGAUUUAGAGACUGGUGUCCUUUUGUACAGCUAUGAUACAGACAGCAAGGACUUCCUCUCCAUUACCAUGGUGGCUGGCUAUGUGGAGUUCAGGUUCGACUGUGGCUCAGGAACAGCUGUUAUCAGGAGUGAAGAACCUGUCAGUCUGGGUCAGUGGCAUGAAUUGCGAGUGUCUCGCACGGCAAAAAAUGGUAUCCUACAAGUGGACAAACAGAAACCAGUGGAAGGGAUGGCAGAGGGGGCUUUUACACAGAUUAAAUGCAGCUCUGAAAUAUUUGUUGGUGGAGUCCCUAAUUAUGAUGACGUGAAGAAGAACUCUGGGAUCCUCAGACCCUUCAGUGGGAGCAUCCAGAAGAUUAUCUUGAAUGACCGGACAAUUGAUGUGAAACAGGAUUUCACUUUUGGAAUCAACCUAGCAAAUGCUGCCCACCCCUGUGUGACCUCACCAUGUGCAAACGGAGGCACCUGUGUUCCCAAGAAGGACAGCUAUGAAUGUGACUGUCCCCUGGGCUUCGAUGGGCAACACUGCCAAAAAGCCAUUACAGAAGCAAUUGAAAUCCCACAAUUUAUUGGUCGCAGCUACCUCACGUAUGAUAAUCCAGAUAUCCUGAAAAGGGUAUCAGGAACAAGAACGAAUGUGUUCAUGAGGUUUAAAACCACGAUGAAGGAAGGCCUUUUGAUGUGGAGGGGAAACAGUCCCAUGCGACCCAACAGUGAUUUCAUCUCUCUAGGCCUGCAGGAGGGAGCAUUAAUAUUCAGCUACAAUUUGGGCAGUGGCAUUGCUUCCAUCACGGUGAACGGCUCUUUCAGCGACGGCCGGUGGCACAGAGUCAAAGCUGUUCGGGACGGACAGUCUGGCAAAGUAACCGUGGAUGAUUACGGUGCCAGGACCGGUAAAUCCCCUGGGAAGAUGAGGCAGUUAAAUAUCAAUGGAGAUCUCUAUGUAGGUGGCAUGAAGGAAAUUGCCCUGCACACGAACCGGCAGUACCUGCGGGGGCUGGUGGGCUGCAUCUCCCACCUCACGCUCUCAACUGACUACCACAUCUCGCUGGUGGAGGAUGCUGCCAGUGGGAAGAACAUCAACACGUGUGGGACCAAGUGACAAGAGAGGAAUCCCGGUGCUGAGGACCUGUCGUGUGCUUGUGUGUGUGGCUGAGUGAGAGCUGGCUGAUGCAGUCCUCUGCAGCCGGACCACGUUUGCCAUCUGGGAAGAUGAUAAAGCCAAAGGGAAACACACAAAAACAAAAAAAAGAACAUUUUUCCCUUUAAUUCCCUCUCCUUUAUUCUCCUCUCCUGUCCAAAUGAAACCAAGCAUUUUGUGUAUGAACCGUGCCCUCUACCCCUUAAGUGUUUAGUGAACGCUAAAGGUUGUGCGUCAGUGCAAACUGCAAAGUGUGAUGUUAUGAGUAGCCCAACGACUGUGUUUUGUGGUCCUUAGGUUAUCUUUUUUAGUAUCAGAGAAAGCAAUCUUGAAACACCUGCAAUCAUCCCACCCUGCAGUGAUACGGUGACUGUGCUGUUCAACCAAUGCACCAUGGGGCAGCAUAUUUCUGCAUUCACAUCUAGGUCCUGGAACAAGCAGUUCUCCUUAUCACUCUCUGAUUCAGCUAAAUUGUGUUUCAUCCUGUGUAACAGGAUAACAUUUACAAUGACUGGUUUCAAAAUGUUGUUGUUUGAUGAGGAGGAAAGUUCUUACAAGUCUACUUUUUUAUUACAAACAACCAAAACAAUGAACCAAUUUUGUAGAAGUAAUUUUAUACUUGUCUAUUUUUUUAUAGCAGCAGCAGACCUGCUUACAUGGCAUCACUUUUAACAUCUACAUGUACUAUACAAUUAGCUCUUUGCACACUUUCCUAAAAAUAGAAAAGUGACCUGUGGCUUAAUGUCUGUAUUAUACAGUUUUAAUGGGGAUAUUUGUGAGUUAUGACCAGUUUUACAUUUGACUCUUUUUGUUCUGUAAAUUUUGACAGUUUAAAAUUGUACAUUAUGAAGCUUUCCUGUCUUAAACAGAUUAAAAGAUUAGGAAAAAAAGAGCAAA